GGAGCAAUCCCGGAGCUGCGCAUACAAUUCAGGAUGGCAUCUCGAGCACACCGCGCUGACGAACCCGUGGACGAAGCCGCCAGUGAGCAAGGAGGCGCCCUUCGGCCGAUGGCGGCCUACCUCUUACAGGGACCCUACGACCACCUUCCGAAAGAUAAGAUGCUCCCUUUGCACAUGGCGCUCGAAAUGCGCAAGACGGCGUCGCCAAGUCUCGUGUCUGGCCGCGUCGAGGCGCUGCCCGAGUCUGUUCAGGCUCUGCAGGCCUCCAUGGACGAUGAACCGCCUCUGGAUGGGGCUGCUUCAGUGGCAGCCGUGUCUAUUGACGGACUCAUGGCGUCAAUUCCGCGCGUCGAGGCCUUCUUGCCUCAUGCAGCUGACCUCGGGCUCGUGAACCGCGAUCCGACCGACCGGCGGUACGUCAUGGUGGCCUCCUUUGACGACGCAAAAGUCAAGGUGCGGCAAUUGGCCAAGGUGUGCGGCUUCCAGGUUGGCAUUGACAAGUCGAAGAAGGGAGGGCGGCGCCGGCUCUGGAUUUGCACGAGCAAGGCUGGGUGCCCGUUCCUAGUGAGCGUGAAUCAAAGUAACUUUGGCAUCCGCGUCAAGUGCGCGCUGGAACACAACCAUGCGAUGCACGUGCACGAGAAGAAAGACACGCGGCUGACAACGUACUCGACCGACGAGCUGCAAGCGAUAUUCGCCAACUCGGAACUCUGCAAGCAGUCGCCCGAUGUGUCCAAAAUCACGGGUCGUGAGAUCAUCGAGACGUUGUAUACCGAGACAGGAUAUAUGAUCAACGCCAAUCGCGCGAGCAUGAUUAAGCACGGGAUCAUCAAGGACAUGCAGUACGAACUCGAGCGAUCGUUCCAGACGCUACAGCACCACCUCAAGCGAAUGGGUGAAGACCCCGAUGCGUAUUUAUCUGGCGCACGCCUAGCGCCCAAGCCGAAGCCUGGACGUCCAAAGAAACAGCAGAAAGUUGCACCGAUGACGUCUGUGGCACCGGUGGUUUCACAGCCACCGACGACCCAUAGCUGAUAGUGUGUUGUUGUCCUUUAAGCACUGCUGAUUUGUCCGUUGUCCUCAG